CCUAAAUACUGAGAGGAAAAAAACACUUUGUUUGUUGUUGUUCAAGUUGUUCUUAUUUGAGCCGAAGAAUGUCUGGGGUUUGGGUUUUCAACAAAGGUGUGGUGAGACUAGUGGAGAACCCUAGCUCUGAGCGUAAGGUGUUGGUUCACUCUGCAAGCAAUGAAAUAAUCACUUCCUACGCAUUGUUGGAGCACAAGUUGAGUUCUCUAGGGUGGGAACGUUACUACGAUGACCCUGAUUUGCUUCAAUUCCACAAACGUGCCACCGUUCACUUAAUCUCCCUCCCAAGGGAUUUCAACAGGUUCAGGUCCAUGCACAUGUAUGACAUAGUUGUCAAGAACAAGAACUACUUCGAAGUUAGAGACAUGUGAACUUGGAUUUUGUACCCUACAAAGUUCAAUUCUUCAUUUUCUUAUUUAUAUGUAUUGUUGGUUUGGUUUUGGAUUUGUGUCUAAAGAAUGGGGACAUUAAUUUGUGUAUUCUGUAUAUGAGUUUGUUCAUGGUAUAAAGUUAUGGUCUGAUAUACAAAAAUGAUGAAGUCCGAGGAGUGGAUUUGUGUUUCAUGAUGUAAAUCUUUAUAAUUAUUCUAAUCAAACUGUAUUUUUCUUGUAC